AUGUCUCUCGACAAGCAUUUGUUCGAGCUGAAAUUUGCUGCAAAGCAAUUAGAGAAAAGCGCCCAGCGAUGUGAGAAACAGGAGAAAGUCGAAAAGGACAAAUUCACAGCGGCAAUAAAGAAAGGCAAUAGGGAAGUAGCACAAGUUCAUGCAGAAAAUGCUAUACGGAAGAAGAAUGAGGCGGUGAAUUACAUUCGUAUGGCAGCUCGGAUAGACGCAGUUGCUGCUCGAGUACAAACUGCCGCCACGCAGAAGCGAGUCACUAGUAGCAUGAGUGGUGUUGUAAAGGCUAUGGAAAGCGCGAUGAAGACGAUGAACCUCGAGAAGGUUCAACAAUUGAUGGAUCGUUUCGAAAGGGACUUCGAAAAUCUUGACGUUCAUACUGCAACGAUGGAGCGCACCAUGGACGGUACCACAGUGCUUAAUGCACCCAAAGCUCAAGUGGAUGCCCUUAUCGCCGAAGCGGCUGACAAAGCUGGGUAUGUGCUAAUACUGCACGCUUUCAUUUUCAUAUCACCCUCUAAUGAGCACACACAUGUCGUGAAUUUUCUGAUUUCUGAAUAA